AUGGAUACAGCAGCAGGCCUUGCUACAAAGGCUUUCAACGCGAGUCUUGUCACGCUUGUAAUACUCUCAACAGCAGUACUAUGUCGGAUCUUUUACAUGCAGAAGCUGCAUCCUCUUUCGAAGUUUCCAGGGCCUUGGUAUGCGACCUCGUUCUCUGUCUUUGGUGCCAUAGUCUCUGUAUUGCACAAAGAGCCUGAGUUCUUUGUUUACCUAGUGGAGAAGUAUGGAACGGAUAGCCCAAUUCGCAUCUCUCCUACGAUGCUGCUCUUUCCUAAGCCGUCGGCCCUCAAGGACAUUUAUCGAGAUUCACAGUGCAACACAAGGGGCGGCAUGUAUAACAGUGGGGCUUUGGGGCCUCCGCAUCUAGUCUCCACGAUAGACGGCGAGACGCACCGUGUCUUGCGCAAAGCCUUAUCGAACGCGCCAUGGUCCAUCGGCCCACUGAAGAAUGCAUGGGAAUCUCGCUUCGAUGACCAAAUCUCUCUUCUUGUCGAGAAGAUGAAAGAACAUGCGGAGGCUAAGCGCACCAUAUGCCUCUCUGACAAAGUUGCAGAAUUCGCGGCGGAUAUUCUCAGCAUCAUCUCAUUUACGCAGCCUUUUGGCAGUGUCGAGAACCAGCGCGACGAGAAGUACCUACUGACCAACUGGCGCAAGGGCCUGACAUUCUUCGGCUUCUCAGGAAGGUUUCGAUUCUUCAGAGAAAGGGUUUUGCGACUGCCUGUUGUAGGGUCCUUGCUGUUACCAACUACCUCUAACGAUUACGGCAUGGGUUGGUUGAUGGGCGAAGCGGAUCGACAGGUUACCACGCGAGAGCAGCAGAAUAAAGAGAAGCCGUUUGAUGGAAGGCCAGACUUCCUACAGCACUGCCUUGAUGCUCGUUACUCAGACGGCUCUCCACUGACUCCAACGCAAAAGCGUGCUCAUGUUACACUUCUUUAUCAAGCCGGAGCAGACACAACAGGUACAGCACUGGGAUGUAUCCUCCGGCUCAUCUUGACAGACCCUUCCACGCUUGCACGUGUCCGCACAGAGCUUGAUGCAGCAGAUUCGGCCGGUCUUCUAUCAACGCCAAUUCGUUAUGAUGAGACUCUCCAGCAUCUUCCGUUUUUUGUUGCCUGCAUCAAAGAGGGUCUUCGGCUCUUCCCACCGGCACCCAACCUAUUCCCUAGAGUGACGCCAAAGGGAGGUAAAGUCAUCGAUGGACACUAUGUACCGGGUGGAAUGGAUGUCACCAGUCAUGCAUACAUUAUACAACGUGACAAAGGCUUCUACGGUCAGGAUGCGGAAGAAUUCAAGCCUGAUAUGUGGAUGCAAAGCGAGAAGAAGAACUUCGAGCUGGAGGCGGCUCAGUUUACAUUCGGUAUCGGAGCCAGGAUGUGUCUGGGCAAAGACGUCGCAAAGUUAGAGAUGUAUAAGCUGUUGCCGGAGAUCAUUCGUCGAUUCGACGUCCACGUCAUACAGUCCGGCAAGUAUGUCGUCGAUGGAGGAGUGGCCUACAAUGUUGAUUUUCUGGUUGAGUUGGCUGUUAGGAACUCGAAAUAG